CAGUUUGCGAAUCAGUAGCUCGUCAGUCUCACUGCCUCGCAGUCUUACACAAGGUAAUCAGCAGCCAUGAACAAGAACUCGGCCUUCGCCGCCCUCCUCCUCGCGAUGCUCGGAGUCCAGCUGCUGGCCGUGCAGGCCGACAUCAGGUGCACCGACGUGCUCAACGACCUGUCGCCGUGCCGUGGCUUCCUGCAGGGCGACGUGGACCACCCCUCCGCCGCCUGCUGCCACGGCGUGACCACCCUGUACGCGGCCGCGGACACCAUGGCCGAGAGGCAGGCGACGUGCGAGUGCCUCAAGGCGGCCUACGGCCAGGUCAACGCCGACCUCUCCGCCGCGCAGGAACUGCCGGGCGACUGCGGCCUCUCGCUCUCCUACACCAUCUCCCCCGACAUCGACUGCUCCAAGUGA